CCGAGCAGUCGGUCGAGUAGUCGCAUCUCGGAUUGUUCCGCUCCGUCAAACUGUGGCGUCGUUUUUAUUUUUAAUAACAACCCAAAGGAUUACUUAAUUAUUAUUUUUUAAACCACAAGCAGGAGGACGACAGCACACUCAACAGGUAACAUUUUUUUUAAAUCAGUGCCUGUUUGUCAACUUGUCAUUUUGGCACAAACAUGACGGAGGUGGCACAGGUUACGGCAGUCGUUGCCCAAGACACUGAAAAUGACAAUGAACUCAGCAUGAGCGACGCAGAAAACAAAGAUGAUGAUACUGCACAGGUAGACGUGGCCCUUAACGAAGAUGACGACAACACUGAGGAGAAAAGUGAGACGACGUCAGACAAAGACAAAGAGGAAAAGGCCUGUCACGAGGAUAAUAAAGAAAAUACUGAGACAGACAAGCCACAUAUGAAUGGUGUGAAGCACAAAGAAAAAGGUUCAGCCGAGAUGGAAUCAGAUUCCGUUCCCGGUGACGCAGAGGAUGGAGAGAAGAACGAUGAACAACCGGAUACAAAUGAAGACCAGAAUAUGUCUGAUUUGGCAAUUAAAAAAGAGAAACUUCUACGAACCAGAAAGCCAAUCGCCAGAAGCUACGUACCCAAGCUGAACAAAGACAAGGGAGAUGUGACGAACAAGUUUGAGACCAUGCAGAAGGCCAGGGAGGAGCGCAGCCGGAAGAGGAACAACGAAGAGCAGCAGAAGAGAAAAGAGCAAUUUAUCAAGGAGCGAGAGUGGAACCGCAGGAAGCAGCAGAUAAAAGAGCUUCUUGCAUCCAGUGAUGAGGAGGAAGAGGUGAAACCAGUGAAGGUGGAAAAAUCGUAUGUCCCCAAAAUCACAGGUAGUGUAAAGGGGAAGUUUGCAGAAAUGGAAAAGCAAAGACAGGAAGUGGAAAGGAAGAGGAUGGAGGGGGAGAGGAAGAAAAGGGAAACCCAGGACUACAUGGAAAAAGCCAAAAUCAAGAAGGAACUGGCUCAGAAAGCAGCCGAGGAAGGAGAUGACACCAUCCUGGUACGGGUGGUUCCAGCGAAGUCAUCACGAACUCCGGGAAGAAUCAAAAUGAACUUUGAAGAUAUCGAGAAGAAUCGGGAGGACGAACUGAAGAAGGCAGCAGAGGAGGAGAAAAAGAGACGGUACAUUGAAAACAAACACUCCUUCAGGGAAGCCAAGCGGCGCUCUGUUGUGCAGGAUGACGAGGAAAAGCCCUCAGAGAAGGUGCAGAUGGCUCCCGGAAAGCUGAAGAUGACGUUUGAGGAGCUGGAGAAAGAAAGGCAGGAGCAGAGGAAGAAGCUCGCUGAGGAGGAAUCCAAACGCCGCCUGAUUGAAGAGAAGAAAGCUUUUGAGGAGGCCAGGCUCGAAAUGGGAGACGAUGAGGAAGAUGCUCAGGCGUCCCAGGAAGACAAAGACGAGGUCCGACCGGGAAAACUGAGGUUGAGCUUUGAAGAGCUGGAGAGGCAAAGAGUUGAAGAAGUGCGCAAGAAGGCAGAGGAGGAGGCCAAGAGACGGAUGGAGGAGGAGAGGAGAGCUUUUGCUCAAGCCAGAAAGAGCAUGCUUGUCGAUGAGGACGAUGAGGCGCUGAUGGCCUUGUUGAACCUGGAGGGCAGUGAACCUGGGAAGAUUUGUGCCAGCUUUGAGGAGCUGGAACGCCAGCGAAGAGAAGAAGAGCAGAAGAAAGCCGAGGAGGAGGCCAAGAAGAGACUGGAAGAAGAGAAGAGGCUUUUCGCUGAGGCCCGCAAGAGUAUGAGCCCCGGCCUGGAUCAAGAAAUGUCUGCGUAUGGAGAUGAAACAGUAGAAAAUGAGGAAGAAGGGAUGGUGAAGAGUGAGUCUCAGGAAGCAUUGCAUCCAGGAAAACUGGAGAUAAACUUUGAGGAGCUGCUGAAACAGAAGGCGGAAGCUGAGAAACGACGUAAAGCAGAGGAACGCAAAAAGAAAAUGGAGCAAGAGAAGCAGGAAUUUGAGCAGCUCAGACAAGAGAUGGGCGAGGACGAAGUAAAUGAAAGCUCAGAUGUCGUGAGCAAAGAAUAUGAAGAACUGACAAAGCUUAAGAGGACCGGCUCCAUUCAGGCCAAAAACCUCAAGUCCAAGUUUGAGAAGAUCAAGCAGCUGACAGAAGAGGAAAUUCAGAAAAAGAUAGAGAUGGAAAGAGCACGGAGGAAGGCGGUUGAUGAUGAAAUUAAAGAGAGAGAGGCUGAGAGGUUCCAGGAGGAGGAUGAGGGAGGAGAAUCAACUCCACUCAGGGCCGAAGAAUCACCGUUCAAACAGAAGGUGGACAUGCGAGCUCGAUUUGAGCAAAUGGCUAAAGCCAGAGAAGAGGAGGAGAGGAAGAGGAUAGAGGAGCAGAAGCUGCAGAGGAUGCAGUUUGAGCAACAGGAGAUUGAUGCUGCGCUCCAAAAAAAGAAGGAGGAUGAUGGGGAUGAGGAGGGUAGCAUCAUCAAUGGCUCUGCCGCCUACGAGGACGAGGAGGAUCACGCCAGGUCUGGGGCUCCUUUGUUUAAAAAGCCGCUCAAAAAUCAAUCGGUGGUGGACUCGGAGCCGGUUCGGUUCACUGUUAAAAUAACCGGCGAGCCAAAGCCAGAGGUCACCUGGUGGUUUGAGGGGGAGAUGCUUCAGGACUGUGAGGACUAUCAGUAUAUAGAUAGAGGAGAGACAUACUGCCUGUACCUGCCGGAAACCUUCCCCGAGGAUGAGGGAGAGUACAUGUGCAAGGCUGUGAACAGCAGAGGCACAGCAGCAAGUACAUGCAUCCUCACAAUAGAAAGUAAGACAACCUUGGUUUGACUGCAUGCCUCAUGAUACUUCAGCAUCUGUGUGAAGUGGAUCGCAUGUUCCUCUUCCCUGCGAACCUGGGCUACAAGGCAGAUGUGUAUAACUGCUUGUGUGUUUCUUUUUUGCAGCUUAUGACUACUGAUGCCCUUCCACGCUCUGGAAACUUUCCCUGUUGUCUCUCACUCCCUUUGUAAAUCUUUGUCCCACAUGGUAUAGUAUGGUCAAACAGCAGAGGGAAGGAAAUAGCAGUAUGCUUGGCAUUCCUUAGGGAGGGACACACACACACACACACACACACACACACACACACACAUAAAGGCAAGAUGUUGUUUACAUAUUGCUCAUUCAUAAAGCUGCACUUUCUGUUAAGAGUAGGAUAAUAUUUGUGCCAAAAUCAGACGUGAUUCUUCGUCCCCAUGCCAGGGGUUGCGCAAAAAUUGAAAAAACUAUCUUCACUGAGAGGCCCCUACUGUUGUAGUGAUAUAUUGAAAAUACAAACCCCAUUUACAGAAAAGUUGGGACAUUGUCCGGAAAUUCAAUAAAAUACUAAGUGGUAUAAUUUGUUUUGGGGGUGGGGUAAAGUGAAUGUUGUAGUUUUUGUGUCACGGCCCCCGAAACCAGAAGUCACCCGGUACCAAUGCAGGCGAUGCAGACCUGCGCUGCCAUUAUGAGUCCACGUACUAACAAAGUCAUCUUUGAGACAUUAUUUGAAGGUUGACAUCCUAAACUUUAAAUCACCGAGAGGAGAUAUGGCCUUCUCUUGGCUUCCAGUGAUUUUCUAAAUGUGGCUUUGUCCAUCACAGUAGAAUGACAGUUUCUCAUACAAUAGUUCUUGCACAUUCAGCAGCAGUUUCUGUCCUUGGCCUUUACACGCUGAGAUUCCGUGGCUUUAAAUGGUGAAGACAAUGUUGAACAGAGAAACAUGCCCUUUGAACUGACUGAAAGUCUCUCGUGAAGUUUGGUGCAAACUGUUGAUCCACGAGCCACCCUUGUGUGGAUGAAGCCUUCAGUAGAUACUCCUUGUUUAUACCUUGACACUGUCACUUGUUAACCUGGUAGUUGUGGAACCUUCCAGCACAGUGUUACUUGUAUAACCAUUUCUGUCUAGACAGCUGUACCAACGUUUUUGAGUGUGUUGCAUUUUUAUACAAUUGUAAAAUACAUUUAGGUUUGUUCAAGGUGAUUAAACGGAUUAAGUGUUACAGUUUUUUUUAAUUGCAUUUUUAGGAAGUGUCCCAACUAUCCUGGAAAUGGGUUUUGUAACUGACUUCAAUAGUCGUUAUAAGGCAAACCUUAUUUCUGAGUCACUGAGUGAAAUGUUUAAAAUCCAUGUCUGCAGAUUUUAAAGAAUAAUAUAGUGAAACUAUGCUCAUGUGUGGUUGUCUACAAUAUUACCGCAUGACCACUACGUCAAUGCCAAUCAGUCUUCUGGACCCUUUCACUUGGUUCCUGGUAUUCGAUCAAUAGCUAACCCACUGUGUUGGAGGAACAAACACAAACACAACAAUUGAACUUGUAUCCAUCCUGAUUUUCAAUUAUACUUUUUAAGUCAAGCUAAAGUGUUUUUUUUUUUUUAUUGCAGCAUAUUUAAAUUUUAAUGUGUUGAUUUUCCAUGCACAGACCCCCCCUUUUCUUUUUGAAUGUAAUUCUCUUGUUACAGUUGACAUACUUCAGUUGUGCUUGAAAGGAGGUAACCAUAUAUUGGUUUGAUAGUUUUAAAAAAAGCAUUAGGUUAGUCUAGAAUAUUUGUCAUAUGAAAAUGUUUUAAUAAAACGAACAAAACA